AUGUCUGACGGCACAGACGCCCCCAAUGUCUCCUUCGACGAGGCCAAGCCGUCCGUCAAUGGCGGCGGACAGUCUCUGCUUGGGCACCAGCGCAACAUGUCGCUUCGUCGGCCGUCUGCCCCCAUGGCGCCGGCCUUUAUGGUGUCUGCGCCAGGCAAGGUGAUUGUCUUUGGAGAGCACUCAGUUGUCUACGGAAAGGCUGCCAUCGCUGCCGCCAUCUCCCUACGAUCAUACCUCCACGUCACAACGCUCUCGAAGUCGAAACACACCGUCUCGCUUCGCUUCCCCGACAUCGACCUCACACAUACCUGGGACAUUGACAGUCUCCCGUGGGCAGCGUUCCACCAUCCAGACAAGAAGAAGUCGUAUUACUCCUUGGUCACAUCGCUCGACGAGGAGCUGCUGGCCGCCCUGCAGCCACACAUUGACGAGGUCUCCGCGGAUAGGCCUGAAGAUAUUCGGAAAGUCCACCGCAGCUCCGCCACCGCAUUCCUCUACCUCUUCCUUUCCCUGGGAUCGCCGCGCUUCCCAGGAUGCCUCUACACCCUGCGCUCCACAAUCCCCAUCUCCGCUGGCCUGGGCAGCAGCGCUUCUAUAUCUGUCUGCUUGGCCGCCUCCCUCCUCCUCCAGCUGCGGACGCUCUCCGGUCCCCAUCCCGAUCAGCCUUCGGAAGAGGCUCGCCUCCAGGUCGAGCGCAUCAACCGCUGGGCCUUUGUGUCCGAGAUGUGCAUCCACGGAAAUCCUUCGGGAGUCGAUAACACGGUGGCAACACAGGGCAAAGCCGUGGUAUUCCAGCGAACAGACUACAGCAAGCCACCGUCAGUCCGCCCGCUAUGGGACUUCCCCGAGCUGCCCCUGCUUCUCGUGGACACAAAACAGGCCAAGUCCACGGCGCACGAAGUGGCCAAGGUUGGGAAGCUGAACAAGACGCAUCCCAAGCUCGUCGGCACCAUUCUCGACGCCAUGCACAACGUUACCGAUGCCGCCUCGGAGCUUAUCGAAGCCAAGGACUUUGAUCCCAAGGAGGAGGAGAGCCUGCGCAAGAUUGGCGAGCUCAUGACUAUCAACCACGGCCUGCUAAACUCGCUGGGUGUGUCUCACCCCAGGCUGGAGCGAGUCCGCGAACUGGUGGAUCACGAGGGCAUCGGAUGGACCAAGCUCACGGGCGCCGGCGGCGGCGGCUGCUCCAUCACGCUGCUGAGGCCAAACGUGCCAAAGGAGAAGCUCGCCAAGCUGGACAGCCAGUUCGAGGCCGAAGGCUAUCAAAAGUUCAGCACCACUCUCGGCGGCGACGGCGUGGGCGUCCUGUGGCCGGCUGUACUGAAGAACGGGCUUGACGAAGACGAAGACGGCAUGGAGAUUGACGUGGACUUGUUUCUCAACGCACAGGGAACCGAGGGUGUCGAACGGCUCGUCGGCGUCCACGGCGACGGCGGCGAGAGAGAAGGCUGGAAAUUUUGGCGAGUGGAAAGCGAGCAGUCGGGCCAUCUAUGA